AAAAACCAGACUAUGAAAUUGAGAUCCCAAUCGAACUCAUCGCCUUCCUUCGUCUUCUUCUUCGUCCUCUUCUUCUCCUUCAUCGCUCUCUCUGAAAUGGCCACCCUCGGCGGAAUCGGCGACUCCCCUGCCGGCUCCGAGAACAGCCUCGAAACCGAAGCCCUCGGUCGCUUCGCCGUCGACGACCACAACCAGAAGCAGAAUGGUAUGCUGGAGUUUGUUCGGGUGGUGAAGGCCAAGGAGCAGGUGGUUGCCGGCACUCUGCACCAUCUGGUGGUGGAGGCCAUCGACGGCGGCAAGAAGAAGCUCUAUGAAGCCAAGGUCUGGGUCAAGCCUUGGUUGAACUUUAAACAAGUUCAGGAAUUCAAGCACGCUGGUGAGCCCGAGACUGUGUCCGGAACGCCGUCGUUUACCUCUUCCGAUUUGGGGGUUAAGCAAGGUGGGCAUGCUCCAGGGUGGCAAGAUGUGCAUCCUCAUGAUCCUCAAGUUCAAGAUGCAGCCAACCAUGCUGUGAAGAGCCUUCAGCAGAAGUCCAAUUCGUUGUUCCCUUAUGAGCUUCAAGAGGUUGUCCAUGCUAAGGCUGAGGUGAUGGAAGAGCAUGCCAAGUUCAACAUGCUACUCAAACUGAAGAGGGGAGACAAAGAAGAGAAAUAUAAAGUUGAAGUGCACAAGAACAAUGAAGGUGCCUACAAUCUGAAUCAGAUGGAGGUGGAGCACUGAUUAUAGAGAGUUCCGUUGCAUCCCAAUCAUAUAAGAACUUGAUGUAUAUUACAUGUUUUUCUUUCGUUGCAAUUAGUUUCUCUGUUUGUCCAAAUUUCUGAUACAAUCUUCACUAUAUAUCAAUAUCAGCUUUCCUAGUGUAUUUCUUGUAUGGCUUGGGAAUGCAACCACUUCGUUAACAUUUCA